AAUCAAAUUACAAAGCGGUAUUAAGUAGGUCAAACGUGACUCAUAGUCUGUUCGUCUACGUACUGCGAAUGGCGGGGGAACGAUGGAUCUUCACCAAGCAACAACUCAUCAAUACCCCCAGCCGAAAAGCCGGUAUAGACGCAGACAAAGAGUUGUCAUAUAGACAACAGGCAGCAAACUUUAUUCAGGAUAUGGGCCAGAGAUUACAAGUACAGCAACUGGUCAUCAAUACAUCAAUUGUGUAUAUGCACAGGUUUUAUAUGUUCCAUUCCUUCGCUAAAUUUCACCGAAAUCAAAUUGCAACUGCUGCUAUUUUUCUGGGUGCUAAAGUAGAGGAACAGCCUAGAAAGCUAGAGCAUGUUAUCAGAGUGGCCCAUAUAUGCCUACACAGGGAAGGCCCACCCCUGGACACAAAGAGUGAGGCAUAUUUGGAUCAGGCCCAGGAGCUUGUCAUCAAUGAGAACAUUCUCCUUCAAACAUUGGGGUUCAACAUUGUGGUAGAACACCCCCAUUCUUACAUUGUGAAAACAUGCCAUGUGGUCAAAGCCUCCAAGGAUCUCUCCCAGACAUCAUACUUCCUGGCAACCAACAGCUUACAUCUGACCACAAUGUGCCUACAAUAUCCACCCACCCUUGUGGCCUGUCUCUGCAUUCACCUUGCUUGUACCUGGUCUGACUGGAAGCUUGGGAAAUCAGCAGAUGGUAAUGAAUGGUAUCACUUUGUGGACAAGACAGUGACAACUGAAAAACUAGAUGAGCUUACCCAGGAGUUUUUAGCCAUAAUAGAAAAAUGUCCCAGCAAGCUACGAAAGAAAAUUCUUACCUGGAAGGUUCACAUGGAUGAGAUGCGCGAGGCAUUUACCUCCGAGAUUUUCCGACAUUUUUAUAAUCAGGCCCAGUCUCACUCUGCUUCAACAAGUGGACCAAGUCCUUCUCAUAAACGAGUCAAACAGGAGGCUCCUUCUGUUACUGGGAGCUCCACUUCCCAGCAUGGUAGCCAGGAAAGGAAGAACACUCCUUCGCCCAACCCCAGUAGCAAACACAGCUCACAGAGCAGCAAGCACGGCUCUCACAGUAGUCGCACCAGCACCCCUACUGCACCAUCCUCUAACAAGUCCCGUUCAAGCACACCAGCAUCUUCACAGGAGUCAAUGAAGCGUGUCAAAUCUGAUUCUAACCUUACCCCUAAAAACUACAAGGAAUACAAAGAACUUAAAGAGAAGGGAAUGUUACCUGAUAAAACGACCCCUUCAAAGAGUAGUGCGACCAGUAAAACUGAACAUGACAAUAUAUUUGACCAAUAUAAAGUUCCAGGUGAAACCUCUGAAGGCAAGGUGAAUUCACGUGAGCAUGAAGGACUAAAAUUGAAAAUAAAAAAGGAAGAGCGCAAUAAUUCACACUCUGAAAGCAGUAAAAUGAAAAGGGAAAAAUCAAGGGACAGUUCACAUUUUGAAGGUUCUAGUAGCAGUAAACAAAAAGAAUUAACUCCUGAAAAUGCAAAAUCAACUGAAAAGCUAGUAUUAAAACUGGACCCAUCUCGUAAGAAGCUUGAACCAGGCGAGUUGCCAGACUCUCCACCAUCCUACCCAAAGAUUAAAAUUAAAAAUGAAUAUCCCGACCUAAAUAGAGUUAAACGAGAGGAUGGUUCGAAGAAAUCUGAACAUUCUGGUAGCAAGAAUGCAUCUCCGUAUCCAAAAAUUAAACUAAAAACUGAAUACCCUGAUCUAUCCAAAGCUAAACAAGAGGCCCAUCCUGACCAAUUAAGAGCCGCGAAAGAAUCGUACCAUUCCGCAGAUAACCGUAGAUCAGACCAAGUGAAAAGUCGACACUCAGAUUUCAGUCGUGACAAAGUGAAGUCUGAGCAUCAUCGUCCACCAGGUUCGUCGAGCUCCUGGCACAGCAGUCAGGGUAGGUUGCCUGGAGGCCCAGAGCCUCACAGGCACCCUGGGGCACACAGGAGUAGUGGAUACACUGCUGGCAACACUCAACCUCAUGCUGGACCUCCCUCGUCAUUGGAUUACAGCGUACACUCAGAUAAACAUUUCAGCAAAUUGAAACAAGAAUCUAGACGGGAUGGCGCACCUCAUGCUCAAGGCCACCCAGGUCAUCAUCCCACCCACCAUCCCAGCAACGACCCCUAUAGGCAACCACCUGGAUCUUCCGAUAAGUAUCACUCAUCCAGGAAACGCCCCCUGAGUAGCCCUGAAAUGUCGGCACCUCCUCAGUCCUUUACCUCACCACAUAAACAGCCGCGCAAUAACACAUCACAUUAUGACCAGCGAAAUGAUUCCAAUGGCAAACAUGCGUCACAGUAUGGUCAGCAUCCUAGGCCAGGCAUGCACGAACAUCUCGAUACAAUCGACCCCAUGAACUCUCUGGGACUGUCAAGUCUUUCAUCAUUUGAAGAUUAUGAUUUGAAUGAUUCAAGCCAGCCAUCUCAAUAUCGGGAAUAUCCACAACAGCAUAUACCCCCAAGAUGACAUUGGCGAAACUUAGGCAAUUUUCUAUUUAUUAAUGUAAGAUAAUUAUAAACUUUGAACAAAUGGUCUUGUACGAUGAGGGACACAUCGUUUUCUCUAUUUUUUGUUAAAAGUUCAUAUGAGUUCAGUUUUAGUUACAAAAAUGAUUGUAAACAUUUUAUGUACUGUACAUUUCUUUAAUAGCAAAAUAGUUAUAAAAAUAAACAAAAAAAGUUUAUACGAGAAAAUAAUAUUAUCAUUCCUUUGUCAAGUUUAUAAGAUUUAUUUUCUCAUAUAAAUUGAAUAAAAAAUAGCAAGAAAUUUGAAAAACAAAAAUAAAAAUAUUACAAGAAAACACUUGUAGAAAGGCAAGGUAAACAAAAAGUCAAAAAAGGAAAAACUGACAAAAACGAUAAUAUAUAUGUAAAGGGUAUAUCAUUAUAGUCAUUUUGGUUUAAAUGUACAUGUAGUUUAUAUACAAUGCUUGAAAAAUUAAGUUUAAAAGGCAUCUCGUUGGAAGAGCCUACUUUCUAUUCACAUUAAUCAAAGAAAUUCCACAAUUUAUUCUAUUACUUUUAAUUUGAAGGGAAAGUUCAAGAUGAAGUACAAUUUUAUAUGUACAUAGCUUGAAUAAUCAAAAUAUCAAAAUGCAAGUGAUCUUCAUAAUUUUUGCAUUCGGUAGUUCACCUUGGACUUUACCUUUGAACUUGUACUGCCUUAUCUGUAGGGCUAAUGACCACAAUCAGUAGCAUAGCGAGCUAAUUUAGAUGUUCAGCAGAAUUUGCUUCAUAUUAUUUUUAUUUAGGAUUCCACAGUGUACAGGUUGCAUAAAGUAUACUAUUACUGUAUUAUGACAACUUGACAUUUUGUCUCUGGUUUGAGUUUAUGCUAGAAAUGGUCAGGUUCUCCCUAGAGCUUGUAAAGACAAACUGAAUACUAGGGGUGACUUGACAUUCCUGGCAUAAACUUGCAGCCGGUCUCAUUUUGCUGGACUGGACUAAGCCUUAGUACAGCAUAAUUGUAAAGCCAAUUUGAUAUCUGGCUAUAGUAUUUAUAUAUAAUGUAAUGUGUCAUGUACGAUAUGGGAAAAACAAUAAAGUUUCCCAGAAACAAAUUCAUUCCAUUCAUUCAUUAUUGCUUCAAACAUGAAUAGUUAAUUUUAUUACAUUUGAAAAUGCUACAGUAAAACCUGUCUCAAUGAACACCUUUCUAGUGAACACCUGUUUC